ACAGAAAUUUCAGCAGCUUUCAAGCUCUUUGAUAAAAACGGCAAUGGUCAUAUCUCAGUGGCGGAGCUCGGUGAGGCAAUGAAGCAGGCUGGGCAACAUUUGUCUGAAGGAGAGAUUAAAGACAUGAUUAAGGCAGUGGACCGCAGUGGUAUGGCUCUUUCCUUUCAUGGCGAUACUAUAAAUUAGCUGGAAGAAGGAAUGGAAGAAAGUAGCUUGCGAAAACAGCAGUCUCUCUGAGGGACGUUUGGCCAAGAGGGACGUCUGCGUCUCAGUGACAGAAAUUCCAUACUGAUGACGUAAAAUCUGUCCAGAAUCUGAUUAGUAGCUCUUAUUGGUCGGUGGAGUAGUUGUAUUGUCUUAGCUAUGGUUUACUAACGACAGAUAAACCUGGACAAUUAAAGGUCAAUUGUAAACGCAAUGAAUCUACUUCAAAACAGUCAAACAGAACACAAAAUUUAAACCAUAAUUAACCAGAAGAAACAAAAAAUUGAACAAAUUUACAUAUUUUGGAACCCCAUGACUUCCGGAUUUAUGUAAACAUUGAUUUACGUCGUCAGUAUGGAAUGGAAGAGGCGCGAAUGUCCCUUCCGGCGGAAGUUCCCUAGCUGCGAGGAGCGAGGAGAGAUCGGGAUGACAGUGAAGAAAGCCCACACGCGAGGAAAAUGUAGCGCGAGGUACAUAGGCUACGUGUGCGCACUCAAUACUACCGAACCCAAAAUCUCCCUGCGCACGCAUUCUCUUGUUACCUUUUUGAGUGGUUUACUGUGCAUUCACGAUAGCUUUGACCAUUUAUCAAUUGGUAGCCUCUCUAAAGCGAAUGAAAAUUUAGGUGCUAUGAUAAAAAAAAAAAGUGGUAGACGUAUUUGGAUGAAAUGAAUCUCAGUCCUAAAUAUCGCAGUAUAUAUAAUCAGUGGGUUUUUUUCGAGAACUUUAAUACGUAUUACUGGUAGUCAAAUUUUCAAAUGAGGAAGUUGCAUUGUAGAAUUCGAUGUGAAGAGUAAAAACGCUCCUGCACAAAAUUGCUCCUUUUUUAAUUUCCCUGCUGUACUUAACUCGUGACUUAGGGUGUAAUAAAAAAUGUAUUAAGCUUUACUGGCAGCAAGUUUGGUACCAAAGAAAACUUAUAGAGCGCAAUGGGGAUAACACAUCAUCACAGGACCUGCAAUGAUAGCAAUUUUUUCUUAAAACUGAUGCAGCAAUCCUGUAUAAAUACGUUUGAAUUAUUAUUGUUAUUAUUAUCAGUUGUGUGCUGAAGUUUAGGACUCGCAUGGGCCAAUGUUUCCUCUUAAAACCAAUCACGGCAACGCCUAGCUGGCUGUUAAAUCUGUCCCGUAGUUGGAUGUCGUGCCCUUUCUCAGCUUGCGCGCUUGUUAUCAUCAUUUCUUUUCUAUUCCAGGGAAUGGAAUGGUAGAAUACGCCGAGUUCGAAGACCUGAUGGCCAGUCAAAUGGAUGACCCAUUGGGUGCGGAUGAUCUCAGGUAUUACUUUAAAAAAUUUGACCAAAACGGGGAUGGAUUCAUUACAGGAGACGAACUUGCUCUGGUGGUGAAGACUUUUGGAGGGAAAACCUACUCCAAGGAGGAAAUCGAUGAUGCAAUUAAAAAAGCAGACAUAAAUGCUGAUGGCAAAGUCAGUUAUGACGGUACGUUAUUGCUGAUUAUGCGUGAGUGA